GUGUGCAUUUCAAGAAGAUUAGACGAGGGUUUAAAGAGUUAGAUAGGACCCACAUCCCCGGCCCUGCGUUUGAGAACGAAAGCUCUCCAAACAAAAAUCUCUCCAGAGAGAUAAGCGAGAGAGAAACACAGAGAGAUAAUAAAGAGAGAGAGACGAGAGAGAUUGAGGGGGUAAACUGAAACUAACAAAAACUAAAACCACCACGUAAACGAAUAAGGUCCGUAUAAACAAUGAAGGAUACAGGGCAGCACACGACUCAUCCCAGCCGCUCUCUCUUCUAAUUACGGCGUCGUUUCCUCUUUCCACCUUAUAAACUCUCCUUCAUCUUCUUACUUUCUUUUGUUUUCUUCAUCUCUCUCCAACACAAAAUAAUGUCAAGUGAAGCUUCUUCUUCUGGAUUCAGCUUGGAAGGAGUUAACGAUGUCGAAGACUUCAUAUGGGAAAAUGAAGAAGAGAAUAUGUCGUGGGAGAGAUUUAGUCAUCUUUAUGAUCUUAUGCAGAUGGGGAACAAAGCAUUCUGUGCUAAUCGCUUUGAAGAGGCAAUCAAUUGCUACUCAAAAGCCUAUAAUAUCAAACCAAAUGAUCCUGUUAUCCUCCGUAAUCGAUGCACGGGUUACAUCAGAAUCUGCCAAUUCUUGGUACAAAGACAAUCAUCAGAUUCUGAAAAUAGACCAUUAAGUGGCCUUGAUCCUACAAUACAUGCUGGACUUGCACUGAAGGAUGCUGAGAAGGUGAUGAACUUACGGAACAAUUCAUUAAUCUCAUAUAUUUUGAAGGCCGAUGCACUCAUAUUGUUAGAAAGGUUUGAGCAGGCCCAUGAUGUAAUCUUGUCAGGACUCCAGCUUGAUCCACAAAGCAUUCCUCUUCAGAAUCUAGCAAGAAAGACUGUUAGUACGAUUGGGAGGAGAAGUCAUGGGAUAACCUCACGCAGUGAUGAUUUUGAUUGCACUCUUUGCUUAAAGUUGCUAUAUGAACCACUUACAACUCCUUGCGGACACUCUUUUUGUCGUUCUUGCCUGUUCCAAGCAAUGGACAGAUGCAACCGAUGCCCGUUAUGUCGUACAGUUCUUUUUAUUAGUCCCAGAACAUGUUCAAUCAGUGUCACACUUAACAACAUCAUACAGAAGAACUUUCCUGAAGAAUAUGCUGAAAGGAAAUUAGAGAAUGACAAUUUGACAAACAUGGGUGUUAAUUUGAUCCCUCUGUUUGUCAUGGAUGUUGUUUUACCAUGCCAGAAGCUGCAACUCAACAUAUUUGAAGCGCGGUAUAGACUUAUGGUGAGGAGGAUAAUGGAAGGAAACCGAAGAAUGGGAAUGGUCAUCACUGAUCCUACCACAGGUUCUGUAGCUGAUAUUGCUUGUGAAGUGGAAAUAACUGAGUGUGAGCCACUUCCAGAUGGGCGUUUCUUUCUUGAGGUUGAGAGUCGCAGGAGAUGUCGCAUCCUUAACAACUGGGAUCAAGAUGGUUAUCGAGUUGCUGAAAUUGAAUGGGUACAAGAUAUAUGUCCAGCAGAAGGAACACGAGAGAAAGCAGAGCUGCAGGAGAUGACAACUAAGGCAGCAGCAUAUGCUCGAUCGUGGUUGAAGGCGUCACAAGCGGCAGCACGAGGAGACCAAAUGCGACUCUCACAACUCUUUAAAGCUGAAGGUCUGAUGCCAUCAACUAGGGAUCCAGAGCGUUUUAGUUUUUGGCUAACAACUCUUACAAACCGGAGGCCGACCGAACGAUUGAAUCUCCUACGCUUGAGAGAUACAAAUGAGAGAUUACAAUAUGCCGUCUUCUUUAUGCAAGCAGAGGAACAGGGUUGGAGGGUGCGGUGAUAACAGUAUAUCAUUGUAAAUGUUGUAAUUUACAAUUUUUUGUAGUAGGCAAUUUUUUAAUUUUUUUUUUUGAUGUGAUUAAAAUUUUUUGACUUACCACCCCCAUGUAAAAGUCUUGUGCUAAAGAAAAAAAUAAGAGGAAAAAAGAUAUAAGAUAUA